AAGUCCUCAAUGCAAAAUAAAUCAUUAAGGAAAGUUUUGUGCGGCCGCUGUUUCGGACGCAUGUCCCUGGAGCCCGUAGCAGCAGCUGGACUUCACACUUUAUAGUGUUUAGUCUUAUGGGCAGAUUUUCUGUUGUGAUGAUGGAUUAAUGCUUUUCUUGAAUCUAAUGAUGGUUAGGUGGGAAUUUGUAGGAUUACUGAUUCUUCAAACCUAAAUUUGAAGACUUUUUUCUUUUUUAUUUGUCUGGCACGCAGCGUUCGCAUCGCAAAUACCUGCCAUGGCAAAACUAUGCAAUUCGUUUUUCCUUGGGUGUUUUUUAUACGUUAUUCACACCGGGCUGUCCCAGUCCUCCUUCGCUGUCCCUAUUAAAAUUUUUGCCGGACAGUUUAACUGGGCGCCGGAGGUGGAUUUACUCCUUUUGGUAACAACAAACCUCACCGAAAACGGACUUUCUCUUGCGUCCAGUGCAGCCGGGGCGGUUCAUUUCCUAGACAUGGUGAAUAAUUUACAAGGAGACUCUGGCCGAGGGUAUUACAUGGAGAUGUUAAUAGGAACUCCACCCCAAUCGCUGAAUAUCCUCGUGGACACGGGGAGCAGCAACUUCGCUGUGGCCGCCGCCCCCGAUUCUGACAUCACACGCUACUUCAUCAGCAUGCGCUCCACUACCUACCAGUCCCUUGGGAAAGCGGUGGCAGUGAAAUACACCCAAGGAGACUGGGAAGGGGAGCUUGGAAGUGAGCAGGUUUCCAUCCCCAAAGGUCCAAACGGCACCAUUACGGUCAACAUUGCAACCAUUCUCUCCUCCAAUGGCUUCUUCCUCCAGGGCGUUAACUGGCAAGGCAUUCUGGGAUUGGCAUACCCCAUACUGGCUCAGCCGGACAGUUCAGUGGAGCCUUUUUUUGACUCGCUGGUGCGACAGACGGGGAUACCAGAUGUCUUCUCGCUCCAGAUGUGCGGGGCUGGAAUUGCAGCUGGAUCCACUGUCGACCGAGCUGCAGGAAGCCUUAUCAUGGGUGGGAUCGAACCAACUCUUUACAAGGGCUCAAUUUGGUACACCCCUAUAAAAGAAGAAUGGUACUACCAAGUGGAAAUAUUGAAAUUAGAGGUCGGAGACCAGAAUUUAAACCUCGACUGUAAGGAGUACAACUCGGAUAAAGCUAUUGUUGACAGCGGAACCACUCUGUUGCGUCUGCCGAAGAAUGUGUUUGCCGCGGUCAUCGACGCCAUUGUUCAGUCAUCCUUGAUUCAGGACUUCCCAGCAGGCUUCUGGACCGAGACAAAGUUGGCCUGUUGGCCGAAGGGAGAGACUCCUUGGCGUUUCUUCCCCAAUCUCUCGAUCUACUUGAGGGAUACCAACACCAGCCAGUCCUUCCGCAUCACAAUCUUGCCUCAGUUAUAUAUCCAGCCCAUCAGGGACCUCUACGACAUCCUGGAAUGCUAUCGCUUUGGCAUUUCCCCGUCCGCUAAUGGCCUGGUGAUCGGAGCCACCAUCAUGGAGGGCUUCUAUGUCAUCUUCGACAGAGCCCAGAAGAGGGUGGGCUUUGCAGUGAGCACGUGUGCAGAGAGUAACGGUCUGUUGCUGUCAGAGAUCACGGGCCCAUUCGCGGCGUCGGACGUGUCGUCAGACUGCCUGGGCGGUUCCCUGCUGCAGGAGCACCUGCUGUGGGUGAUCUCCUACUCUGUGAUGGCCACCUGCAGCCUGGUCUUACUCGUCCUUUUCCUGAUGAUGGCGCUGCCGUGCCGCUGUCUUCGUGGCAGCAGUCACCGGGGCGAGAUCACCGACGAGUCCUCGCUCGUUCGCAACCGCAUUAAGUGAAGUCCAGAGGGUGACGGAGCCCAGAUCGCGGAUGACAUUUGCACUAAACCGCAACCACCAUUGUUACACUCCUCGGUUCCUCCUCCCAAAUAUCCGUCCCUAUAUAUAUAGAACGUUCUCAAACUUAUGCAAAUUUAUGCUAAUACAUGCGACUAUGCAUGCGUACCAUAUAUACAUGGUCCGUGUGUUGAAUGUAACUGUAAAGAAUUUGAAGCAAAAUCUGAAUAUUUUAGUAGAGCAUUCUGGCCUGGUUAUUAGAGGCUAAUUACUCUAGGUUGGACAUUUCAAAAAACUUGAUGGGAGAAAUGAGGCUUCAGAAUCCACCAUGGGUGGGAGUAUCACGCUCGGGCACCACCUGGUUUAACUCAUCGCUGGCUGUUACCAUGUUAGUUUAUAGCAGUCAAUGACAUAGUAGCUGCUAAUAACAUAUCAAUUUUAAAGUACAUUAAUGGUAGUUAUGACAUUAUUGACUGCUACACCAGCUAAUAAUGUUAUAACUUUUUGUGGAUAAUGUAAUGCUAUGUUUUUGAUUCAGAAAUGUUAUUACAUUAUCGACUUUUAUUACAUUAAGAAUGGAAAAAUUAUUACGUUAUUAGCCGUUGUUUCAUUUUUGGCUGCUAGCAGCUUUCAUUUCUUUUUAAGUAGGAAUUGCUAUGUGGGAGUUCAGAUCUAAUUUAAUCCACUUAUCACAAAUUGCUUUUUUUUUUUGAGUUCCUUUAAGUUAAGCCAAGCAGUGAGCCAAGAUAGAUCACACCCAGCUUGGAGUUCAAAGCCUCGCUGCCCUUGUCUUCAUUGUCUUGAGAGCCAUAGAAACCAUGGCAUUGACAUCUAGUGAUGACCAUAGCCCAUGUUCAGACAGAUCCUCAUUUAUAAAUAUGCAAGUAUCUGGAGAUGAUUUCCUAUUUUUUUGCUUUAUUCAUCAUGGUUUCUGGAAGCUUAAAAACUGGGUUAUGGUGCUUUGACAUAGCAUUUAUCUUUACAGCUACUUAAAUUGGAGUGUGCGCCUGGACGUUGCUUGUUAGGUCUUUUGCCGGUGUCUCUAAAUGCUUACUGACUGUUGUGAAUGCCUGCUCACAGUGUGUUAAAAUAGAUUUCUAUGUCCGGCAGUGUAAGAUUCCAUUAAAAGAGAAGAUAUUGUCUGUAUGACCAAAAGCCAUAGAAUAAAUGAACGAGUCUUUGGAAAUUUGUAUUAGGAUGUACCCAAUAUGAAUAUGUAAUGUAUAAUGUGUGUGUGUGUGUCUGGGUAUCGAAGAUGCAUCCUGCUUAAUUUAUGCCACCUACAGAAUUGAAAGCUUAUUGCAAAAAUAUUGAAGCAAUAGGGUGUGAGCAGGACGACUGCUGGCUCUGAGACUUGCUGGUACUUGUAGUUUUUGAAUUGAGUACGAACUGGCUUGUCUUUGCAGAAAGCCAAUUACAUCCCAGCUUAAAUCCAAAGCCAGAAUUUGCACUUUUCUAUUUGCUCCUCAGAGGACUCCCAGUAGUUAUUAGGCUACCGGAUCAUGUAACUGCAGAAUUGUUUGAGUUCCUAAUCGUCUGUUAAUGACACUAAAGCGUUUUAAUGGAAUGUACUAAGUUAUGCUAUUUGAUUGAAUGUAUGAUAUCAGGUCACUGUAAAUCCUCAUGCAUCACCUCCGCCAGUGAUGCGUGUUUUCUACAAGAUGACCAUGCGUGAGCUUUCGCUGUCAUGGUUUUUGUAAUUCUGCUUGCAGACCAUAAUUUCAAAUGCAGGAAAUUAGCAAAACUUGAAUCUAAACAGGAAAAGCCUUCUUUUGAAUUGCCUUACUGUACUGUUCAGUGCUUCCAUAGCCAGAUUGAUAUUUAAAGGUGCAUUUGUAAUACAGUCAAUGUUUAUAACGUCAGAGAUUUUCCAUAGCUUUUUUUUAAAGAUUUAAUCAUAUUUUCCUGACUGAAGUAACCAUAAAUUGAUUAGCUGCCUUCCUGUCAUUCAUACCUUUCUGUAGUUUAUUUUUUUCCCCCAUUGCUGUGUAUCAUUCUGCUGUUGUGUUUGUACUUUGAUGUAACGAAAAUGAAGGUUAAUAAACGUUUGUACUAUUGUGCAAUUCCAUUUUUAAGGCAGUCAAGGGACAGUGUUUGCAAAUCCAUCUCCUUUUGUGCUAUGGUUGCAUGGUUUACCUAAUACAGUGGCUGUAAACUGAAACAGUAAAUCCGAUAAAUGACUCAAAGAAUAAAGCGAUGCAUUUUCACAGUUAAAUACC